UUUUUGUUUGUGUUUUAGGCUAUACUUUUGAGGGGCAGUUUUAUUUUCUGCUUUCAGCCAGACUUCUGAAAAACCUUGAAAAUGGAAACUGUUGUUCGUCGUUGCCCAUUCCUGUCAAGAGUAUCCCAGGCUUUCUUGCAGAAAGCUGGCAAAUCCCUUCUGUUCUAUGCUCAGAAUUGCCCCAAAAUGAUGGAAGUUGGGACCAAGCCUGCUUCACGGGCUAUAAGUACAUCAGCAACUCACUGCCAGCAAACUGAAGAAUCCACUUCUGCUAGUGAGAAGAACAAAAGCUCUACAGAUGUGGCUCAACAAAACAUAAGCAGACCACAACUUUCUGUAAGUGACCCAUCUGCCGGUAGCCCAAGUGCUAACCAAGCUACUGUGAGUAAAUGCCCAUUCUUGGCAGCUCAGGUGAAUGAAGGAAACAACGUUUUCUGCAAAGCCAGCCGGGAACUCCAGGAGGAUGUGGAAGAAAUGCAAGCUGUAAGAAAAGAACUUAUCAAAACACCAGAAAAUACUGUUGAGGUUAAUGCUGAGAUGGAUGGUAAAAAACAAAAUGGCUUGUUGAAGAAAUUCCAGGACAUAAUGUUGAAGCAGAGGCCAGAAGGGGUAUCUCAUCUGCUUCAGGAAAACUUGCCAAAAUCUGUUUCGACUUUUCAAUAUGAUCAAUUUUUUGAGAAAAAGAUUGAUGAGAAAAGAACAGAUCACACAUAUCGUGUGUUUAAAACUGUGAAUCGAAGAGCCCAGAUUUUUCCCAUGGCAGAUGACUAUUCAGAAUCCUUAAUCAACAAGAAAGAAGUGUCCGUCUGGUGCAGCAAUGAUUAUCUUGGGAUGAGUCGCCAUCCUAGAGUUUGUGGAGCUGUUAUGGAAACACUGAAACAACAUGGUGCAGGAGCAGGAGGCACAAGAAAUAUUUCAGGAACCAGUAAAUUCCAUGUUGAUCUUGAAAAAGAAUUGGCUGAUCUUCAUGGAAAAGAUGCUGCUCUGUUGUUCUCUUCCUGCUUUGUAGCAAAUGAUUCAACACUGUUCACAUUAGCUAGAAUGUUACCAGAUUGUGAAAUUUACUCUGAUGCAGGAAACCAUGCUUCCAUGAUUCAGGGGAUUCGAAACAGUAGAGUGCCAAAGCAUAUAUUUCGACAUAAUGAUGUUGGUCACCUCAGAGAACUCCUGAAAAAAUCUAACCCAUCUAUUCCAAAAAUUGUUGCAUUUGAAACUGUUCAUUCAAUGGAUGGUGCAGUUUGUCCAUUGGAAGAGCUUUGUGACGUGGCUCAUGAGCAUGGAGCAAUUACAUUUGUAGACGAAGUUCAUGCCGUUGGACUCUAUGGAACAUGUGGUGGUGGUAUUGGAGACCGAGAUGGAAUAAUGCAUAAAAUGGAUAUUAUUUCUGGAACACUUGGUAAAGCCUUUGGUUGUGUGGGAGGCUAUAUUGCCAGUACAAGUUCUUUAAUAGAUACUGUCCGUUCCUAUGCUGCUGGCUUCAUUUUUACCACUUCCUUACCACCCAUGCUUUUAGCUGGUGCAUUAGAGUCUGUGAGAACGCUCAAAAGCACAGAGGGGCAAGUCCUUCGUCGACAACACCAGCGUAAUGUUAAACUCAUGAGACAAAUGCUGAUGGAUGCUGGGCUUCCUGUAGUGCAUUGUCCCAGUCAUAUCAUUCCUAUCAGGGUUGCAGAUGCUGCUAAAAAUACUGAGAUCUGUGAUAAAAUGAUGAGCCAACAUAGCAUCUAUGUCCAGGCAAUAAAUUACCCCACUGUGCCACGUGGAGAAGAGCUGCUGCGUAUUGCCCCCACACCACAUCAUACUCCACAGAUGAUGAAUUAUUUUAUUGAGAAAUUGCUAAGUACCUGGACAGAAGUGGGCCUAGAACUAAAGCCACACUCCUCAGCAGAGUGCAACUUCUGUAGGCGACCCUUGCACUUUGAAGUAAUGAGUGAAAGAGAAAGAUCCUAUUUCAGUGGAAUGAGUAAACUUGUGUCAGCUACUGCUUGAAGCAAAGUGUAGCUCCAUCUAUGUUUAGCUGUCAAAUAUUCAGAUAUAUGUUGUAGCCUGUUACUUGCAUUUUACUCCAUAGUCUAAACAGAAUUCUGGAAAAUAAACUUUAAGAUGGUG